GCCCAGCCGUACCUCCACUGCACCUUCCAACCCACCCACGGCAGCUUCCAUGGCGAGGGACGAACCCUCCGCCGCCGCCGUGGACGUCGCCGACGGCGACUCACCCUCCUCCAGCCCAACCCUCACGCGCCUACGGGAAGCACUCGCCGUCCUCUCCGAGGCGUUCGAGUCCGGCGACACCGCCUCCUCCGACGCAGCCGCCGCCGCCGUCGCCGAGAUCCUCAGCCCGUCCGAUGCCGACGCGUCCGCCGCGCUCUCCGAGCAGAUGCUCCGCGAGGUCCACGCGUUCCUCUCGCGCCCGUCCUCGAAUCAGAUGGCCAUUGACGCGCUGUCUCUAGAGCUUCCCAAGCCAGUGGCGAAGCUGGGUGCUCGGAUGGGGAAUUGCCGGGACAUUGCCAGAGCAAUCAUUGAGUUCUUUGCAUCGAAUUGCAGCCCAAGGGACAUGCUCUGCAUCCUCUGCGAGGCAUUAGAUACACCAGUGGCAUUUAAUGGAUCAGCAUACCUUGUUAUUCUACUAGAUGGGCUUGCCAGCACGCUUACUUUGAUUCAGAGGAGACAUAUUGAGCAAGUAAAGGUCGUACUUCCUGCCAUCCUUCGAGUUAUGCAUGCUAAUUUAUCAGAAUAUGAUGGGGAACAUAGAAUGAGUACUGUUGAUCUGUUCAGUGCAGCCCUCCGUAUUGGCAAUGCUAUACAAGAAAUGUGCAAAACAAUGGUAAACCACAGGAAGGAAGAGUUAUGUUCUAUACUUGGUCUAUACGCCCUUCAAAACAUAGCUCUUUUGCAGGCUCUUGUAUCAUCAGAAAGCAAACAUCAGAAUAUUCUAUCUACUUGUGGUUCAGUUGUUCUUCAAUAUUCUAAAUUUCUUAUGUUUUGCGGCUUCACCUAUUUGGGUCUUUUAACUGGUAAUGAUGUGACCUCAGCCACCACUAAGCUUUCUAAAGAAGAGGACGACAAUUUUCUGGACUGCUUUUCUUCUGCUAUGGACGGUGCAAGUCUUGUAGUUGUGUGGACAUCUAUGCAUGAUGACAUGUCAAAAUAUGCUGGAGCAGAGUUUGAAUCAGCUCUGAAAGAAGUUCAAGACAAUUGUAUUAGGAAAUGGGAAGCAAUUAACAUGUUUAGAUACGUCUUGUCUUCAGUUAAUUACUCAUGGGCAAUCAAAUCUCACAGUCUGGACUUAUUGUUGACUCUAGUUGAUGAUAAGUGUAGUGAGGAAACCAACGAUCAUGUAGAUUUCCCAUAUUCCACUCAAAUUUUUGCCACACUCAAGGCCAUUGAAAGAGUCAUGAUAGCUGCCCCAGAUACGUUGAUGCGGAAGAAAGCCUUUUCUGCCCUGAAAAGGGUUAUUUCAGCGGUGCCAUCCACUCAGAGAUUUGAUAUCUUACAGGCCCUCAUCGAGAAUAGUAUGUUCCCCUCCUUGACUGCAAUUCUUUUAGAUCUGGUGAAGAAUGAAGUUUCGAGAGAGAGCCGUCGAGCUGAUCAGGUUAAUGGAUCUGAUCGAUCACAAGAUGCUGGGGGAUCACCACCUUGGGCUUCUCAGGUGCUUGAGUUAGUGGAGCUGAUCUUGAGGCCUCCAGAAGGUGGUCCUCCUUGUCUUCGUGAUCACAGUGAAGAGGAUAGGGUGCCACUCAGACUGGUAAGCUAACCCACUGAGAGUCGCAAUCCAAAAUGUUUGCAAGGGAAAUUCCCAAUCUGGCAGGGUAAGGCUGAAGCAACCAGAAGUUGUUCUUGCUCCUCUCAUCUGAUAAGGAUCAUUGAUGAUUUGACAUAAUUGAUACAGAGACCAGAGGCCAUACCGAAAAUUGGCAAAGCUUCUCUGACGAAGGCAAAGUCAAGAGAAGUUGGCCUGAUGAGGACCACAUCAUCAGCGUAAAUCAAGAGCCUCUGAAGCGGAGAACAGCCCGGCAUAUAACUAAUGAUGCCUGCUGAUUCUUCCUUGAUAACCAUGGCUGUCAACGCCUCCAUCCAAUGACGAGGAGGGGGUGAUUGGGUCACCUUGAUGCAAACCACAAGCAUGCACUACCUUGGCCCCACACUUACAUCCACGACGAUACGGGUGCUGGCAGAAGAGAGGGGAAUGGCGAUCUAAGUUCUCCAGCUAUCCCUAAAUCCUUUGGGACGUAGGAUCUCAGACAAGAAAUACUAGGAGGGGCGUGGGAAAUAUUGAGCUUAAGAAGCACCUUUAGCCUUUCGUUUAUGAAGUUUGUGCGCAACUUACCGGACCAGGAUCAAGUUAUCAUGCAGAUCGUGACCCUUAAUUAACGGCUUAACGCUGAUUGCUUUGCACUAACAAGCUCACUGUGGGGCUGAAGCCGCACCACCAACAACUUAGAGAAGCUAUGUACUAAGCUAAUCGUGUGGUAAUCUCCUACCUCAUGGCGUCAGAGCUCUUGGAGACCAGGGAGAUGAGAGCUUGAUUAAGUUCUCCUCACAUUGGCUACUAUGUGUAGAAGUUUGGUGUUAGCAUCUCCUUCCUGUAGCCACUGCAAUCUAGAACACCGUCAGGCAAUCGUGCGUUCCAGCGAAGACAAGCCGAGAAUGGAAGCUUCAAGGAUCUUCUCAAUCAUAUUUCCGCCGGGAACUGAAGCCUUGAGUGCUGAGCAGCAUCUAAACCCAGAAUCACUGCGUCGGCAAUCACUUGCCGCGUUUCUAAAAAGAGCGAUCCAGAACGCUUGUAGGGGUCAGCGAUUGCUGGACUGCACCUCCACGCCUCCUUGAUAGCCUCCUUAAAUCCUUCCAGCUUGGCCCAGAACAUUUCACAUCACGCUUGGUGGAAAAGUCUGCAUUUAAAGGGAGAUGAAAAGGAAAAUGAUCGGAGAUAGCAGUUGAUAGCACCUACAGUAGGCAGUAAGGAUAAAACAGUUCCCAGUCCACUGUCCUUUUUUUUAGGGGUGCCCAGUCCACUGUCUAUGAUGAUAUUUUGAGCAUUGACGUCAUUUCUCCAAGCAUGCGUUUUCUAAGUGCUGGUAAACUGCUUUUAUUUUCCUGUUCUUGUCCUGCUAAUUUCACUUAGCUAGUAUUCUAUACUUUAUGCCUAUAAAACAAUCU